CUCUACUACGAGAACGGGAAGAAGGUGAUGGAGGCUCGAUGGAGAGGGAAGCCCAUCAUCCUGAAGUCCAAGCUGGAGAACUUCUCCUCGUACGAGCCUCUGGGGAUCCUGGACUACCAGGACACAGCCGAGGAGCUCUCGCCUCUCGAUGUGGUUUUCUACGCCACGCUGGAAGUACGGAACUCGCUGGGGCUGGCUGAGGAAGACGAGGAUGAGGAAGGAGGAGGAGGAGGUAACAGCUCUCUGGCCAAACUGUGGGGGAAGAAGCUGAAGAGCCAAGAGAAGAGCUUCUCCCGAGCAGAGCUGGCGUCCCUGUGGUCCCUGCUGCAGCAGGAGGAGUACACCUUCCUCAGAGUCCUGCAGGACCUCAGUGUCCACGUGGCGAAGGUCCUGGGCUCCUGUGGUCACUUCUACGCUGUGGAGUUCCUGUCUGCAGGACACGCCUGGGACCAGAACAUCUUCUCCCUGGAGGACGUCUCCGGGCUGCGGGGACAGGACCUGGGGGGGGGCCCGCGGGAGGUGGACGGCCGGGACAUGGUCCACCGCAUCGCGCUGAGCUUCCUGGACAUGGUCUGGCACUUUGACCACGACUUCACCCACAAGCUGCACCUGUGUGACAUCAAGCCCGAGAACUUCGCCAUCAGGACGGACCUGACGGUGGUGGCGAUCGAUGUGGACAUGGCGUUCUUCGAGCCGAAGAUGAGGGACAUCCUGGACCAGAACUGCAGCAGUGAUGAAGACUGCAACUUCUUCGACUGCUCGUCCAGAUGCGUCCAGAGGAGGUGCAGCCGCCAGCGCAGGAACAGCAACCUGCAGGUGAUUUGUGAGAAGAUCUUCAGACCCUGGUUUUCUCCGACUCUGCUCGGGGCCAAAGCAGGGCUCCCCCUGCAGGUGGAGCUGCAGCGAGCGGUGCAGGCGUGUUCGGAAACAGACGGAGGUGUGGAGGAAAAAGAAGAGGAUGCAGCAGCAGGAGGAGCAGCAGGAGGAGCAGCAGGAGGAGGAGCAGCAGGAGGCGGCAGAGACGUCCAUCAGCGUCUCCUCAACAUCCUGACCCGCCUCCUCCAUGAUGGAGGGGCUUCAGGGGAGCGAGGAGGAGCACAGGAGGAGAAAGAUCACGCUGCACUGAACUUCUGAGGAGGUGAAGGAAGGAGGAGAAACAUUCAUCAGGCCUGGACCUGGAGUCUUUGUGUCCUGUGACUUCUGGACUUUUCUCUGAGACUCUUGUUCUCAGGAAAGAAUCAGAAGAGAUGGAGUCUCUACGGAUCAGGACCAUCUGAGACACAGUCUGAGGUUCAGGUCCAGAGGCUCUGGACCCGUCAGGAGAUCUCACUCAUGCUCUAGUGUCUGAACUGGAGGAACCUCCUGCUGCAGGUUCUGGAUGUCCUCAGACUUUGUGUCCAUCCAGGAGACAAACAGGGCAGAUCUCCUCUGUGCACGAGGCCUGGACACUGGGACCUGACCAGUAACAUGUCAUGGAUCCUGGAUGGUUCCUUCAUGAAACCAGUUAGUCUCAGUGAGAUUCAAUCAACUCUCUCGUUUGAGGAGAAACUGAAAAACAUCUUUGAACAUAGAAAGUGAAACGACUCCUCUAUGAUUUAACUUCUUCUCUGAUCUUCACUCAUUGUUUAGUUUGUAAUAAUCUGAUGUUUUGAAGGCAGGUAACUUAUUCUAAGACUAAUUUUAUUAAAAACAAUUUGCAUACAGCUUUUUAAAAAGUUAUGAAGAUUCUUUGUUUCUAACAGAAUUUCAUCUCAUCAAAACAAUAUAUUGAUUUGAGUGACUGAACAUGAUCCUCCUCAUGAAUGGUGAAUAUGAAGCUACAGCCAGAGGUCGUUAGCUUAGCUGAGCAUAAAGACUGGAAACAGGGGGGGCAGUUAGCCUGCAUCAGAAGGGCAGUGACUGAACCGUUAUAUAUUAUAUCUGAACCAGAGAUCAGUAAUAAGCUUCUGUACUGAAUUGAUCAUGUUUGUAUUUACAUAAACAGAGAGAAUCUUUGUGUGACAGACGAGGAGAUGAGAAGCUUUGUUUACAUCAAAAUAAUAAAAUCUAAAACGAU